CAGGAAGCUGGGAACGAGAAACGUGUGAGCGCGCCGGAGAGCGGGACAGAUUCUACUGCGGGUUUCGAGAGGCUUUUCAACUGCUGAUCGCCGGAUAUUCAGUGCAAACCAAUAGAAAUAAAGAGGCAGGAAAAGCAGAGCUGGGAACAAUAUAGAAGAGAGCUGUCAGUGUCUUGUAAUUAGAUCUUCACUAGUUCAGCCAUGGCUAAGUGGGGAGAGGGGGAUCCGCGAUGGAUCGUUGAGAUGAGAGCUGAUGCCACCAACGUGAACAAUUGGCAUUGGACUGAAAGAGAUGCCUCUGGUUGGUCCAUGGACAAAAUUAAAGAACUAAUGAUGGGCAUAAGAGUGGAAAGUGAGGAAGGGACAUGUGAUAUAACAGAAGUAAGCAAGCUGGAAGGGGAAGCAUCUAUCAACAACCGAAAAGGAAAACUAAUUUUCUUCUAUGAAUGGGAUAUCAAGCUGAACUGGACAGGGGUCUCAAAGUCUGGUAUAAAAUACAAAGGACAUGUGGAGAUUCCAAAUCUUUCAGAUGAAAAUGAUGCCAGUGAAGUAGAGAUCAGAGUGUCCAUGGCUAAGGAUGAGCCUGAAACAAACCUAUUUGGUGUAAUGAGAAAGCAGGGAAGCAAGCAAAUACGGGAAGCGGUGGCUCAGUACAUAUCCGCGCUAAAGACAGAGUUUACUCAAGGAAUGAUUCUUCCCACAGCAAAUGGUGUUUCACAUACCGGAGUUCCAGAGAUAAAACAAAAAGCCGAGAUAAACGUGCCACAGACGAGUAAAACCCAAACCUGUCAGAAUGCAGGGGUUAAAAUACCUACUUGUAAGGUGACCAUAAAGGACACUUUCCUGACUUCACCUGAAGAAUUGUACAGAGUGCUUACCCGGCAAGAGCUCGUGCAAGGAUUUACCCAUGCCCCUGCAUCUUUAACAGCAGACAAAGGUGGGCAGUUCCAGCUUCUGGGAGGAAAUGUCAGUGGAGAAUUUGUAGAAUUGGAACCCGAGAAACAUAUUGUAAUGUCUUGGAGGUUUAAAUCUUGGCCACAAGGUCACCAUGCUUCCAUCACUCUGACUUUCACAGACAAAGGUGGGGAGACAGAGUUGCGAAUGGAAGCUCGUGGUGUCCCACAGGGCGAAGAGGAUCGUACCAAAGAAGGCUGGAAAAGAUACUAUUUUGAUGGCAUUAAGCAGACGUUUGGAUAUGGAGCUUUGCUCUUAUAAAUUCUGCUGGGGAGUUGUUGUUUUUUUCUUCAUUUUUUUACUGGUCUAUAAAUAAAUAUUGUCUUGUGGACUGAAAAAUAUUUAAUUUGUGGGGGUUUUAUCUCCAUUUGGUAAGAGACUCUGAGCGUUUGAUUUCUGGGAAAUGUUUUUUCUAUGUCUGAUGGUGGGUUCGAACAGUGUAUUGUUCCUACAAGAAAAUCAUGUACAUUGUCAGACUGGAGCCCAGAGUUGUGUAUAUUCUUGUCAAACCAAUUAAAUGAUUAAGUUAUC